AUGGCCCCAGCAGCAACUAAUGUCCCUACGACACCACCAAGAGUGGUUGGGCCAGCUACUAAAAAGGCAACACGCCCGACCAACCAGCUCCCUCAAUCUAUGAUUGAUGAAGCACGAAUGGUGAGAAAGGAAGCCUUUGAUCCGAAAGUCCACCUGAACUACGACCCCCCAAGAAGGAUUUAUACGAUGAAGGAGAUCGGCAAUGUGAACAUCUCGUUUGGUGAUGGUACUACUGCUACGUGGAAUAGAACUACAGAUAGCGAGGACGGAACAUCUGCUGUUGCCUGGCAUUACGAUAGCUUUCCCUUUGUGUGCGUGACGAUGCUAUCGGACUGCAAUGGCAUGGUUGGCGGAGAGACUGCCCUUCGGAGACCCGACGGCCACAUCAUGAAAGUUCGCGGUCCAGCAAUGGGAACUGCUAUGGUGCUACAAGGGCGAUACAUUGAGCAUCAAGCGCUCAAAGCCGUCGGUGGCCGUGAGCGGAUUAGUAUGGUCACUUCGUUCCGACCCAGAUCGCCUAUAAUUAAAGAUGAGACUGUGCUCACUGGUGUACGUGGAAUCAGUGAUCUAAGUACGUUGUACAGUCAGUAUACAGACUACAGGCUGGAACUCCUAGAGGAGCGUCUUCGACUUAUGUUGAAGGAGGAGCGACGCCGUCAGAUUGCAAAUCACCCAUUUGAUCUCCCUAAGGUCAGGAAGUUUCUAGUUGAGCAGAAGGAGUUCUUGGAUUCUAUGCUCGAGGAGCUUAUCGAGGUGCAUGAUUAG